GGCGCUGAGGGCGGGCCGGUAGGAGCGGCCAGGCCCGUCCCGGCUCCCGGCGGUUCUGGGGCUCCGCCGCGGGGCCCUGGAGGCGGCCGUGGCUCCGCUGGUACCGGGACUGCACCCUUCCUGAGCGGCGGUGCCGGCACAGGGCUGAGGGGAGGGAGCGGAGGGCCGGCUCUCCCGGCCUGCCCCCGCCCCAGGGCACCAGGCGGGUGAGGGGGGCGCGUCCCUCCCGGCGCUUGCGAGCUCCGGCCGCCUCCUUCCGUUUGCCUUCUUCCCCUCCAGCGGCUGGACAAGCGGGUUUUCCCCCCGGGCUUCGCGGAGGUUGCUCGGGGAAAGCUGGGAACGGGGCACGGCCAGAUCACAUGCUAAAAAUGGCACUUGGACACUCUGAAACCAAUGAAGUUCUGAAAAAUGCUGCUGAGCAGGAACAUGCCCUUGGUGAUAAUGGCACAUCAGGAUCCAGGAUGAUGGACCAAGGCUUGUCAGCUCUACUCACAGAGUAUGGUAAACACGUGGAGGAGAUGAAACAACAGCUGCAGCUUUACCAGGCACAAAUGGCUGAGAUGACAUUGAAAUUGGAAGAAGUCACCAACGAAAAUGAAAAGUUGGUUCUUUGAAUUUCAGGCUGCAAUGCAGAGUUGAAAGAGCCUCUUGAGAAGCAACUGGAGGCUCUUCCUCUCAUUCAUCUGGAAACUGAUAUUCCUGCAGAUGAGGGCAUAGUGACCCUUCAAGAACAGCUACAGCUGGAAAAGAAAGAGAAAGACCAAGCAGUUGAGCGCUGGCAGAUGCUGUCACGGGAGCACGAUCGACUUCAGCAGCAGUACCAGGAGCACCUGACUAAAACACACAUUCUCAUGACUGAAAGGAAAAAGCAGAAUGAUCAACUGACUAGCUUUCAGCAGCUAACUCGCCAACUGCACGUGGCCAAGGAGAAAAUAGAGUUGACCAAUCAGCAGUUUCUGAAAACUGUGACAGAACAAGAUGUGGAACUAGAGAAGCUGAGAAAACAACUGAGGCAAGCCAAAAUAGAUGGGCAGGUUGCAAAUGCUAAGCUUGAAGAAAUUAUGGCAUUGAAGGAGAAGCUUCACAGCCAGUUGGAGAGAAAGGAAGAAGACAGGAUAUCUGCCCAGGAGAGAGAAACAGCAUCUGACAAACGCUUGCAGCAAAUGCAGUCUGGUAUAAAACAGUUAGAAAUGAGAUUGUGUGUGACUGUUCAAGGUGCUGAACGGCUGAGAGCAGAAAAAGUAGCCCUGGAGGAACAGAUCAGAGAGCUUCAGGCCAAGUCUGCCAGUCUAGAAAGUGAGAAGUACGAUGCUGUUGCGAAAGUCCAAGAUUGCAUACAGCUCUUGGAAGAAGCUAACCUUUUAAAAAGUCAGGCACUCUUUGGGGAGAAGCAAAAGGAAGAAGAGAUCAAAAAACUGCAGGAUGAAAUGUCUCAACUUGCAGAAAACACUGCUGCAAGAAUUAGGAAGGAAGUAGACACUGCAAAGAGGCAAUGUAACAUGCAGGUUUCUCGGCUAACAGAAGAAGUUUCUGCUCUUCAGAUGGAAUGUGGAGAAAAACAGAGUCAAAUUGAACGAGCUAUUAGAGAAAAGAGAGCAGUGGAAGAAGAACUUGAAAAGGUUUACAGGGAACACAGAGAGCAUGAACCUGACAGUAGAAAGCUCGAGCAGCUGCAUCAGAAGUAUUUACUUGCAGAAGCUGCCAAAGAUGACCUUCAGCGGAAUCUGCAGGUGACACAAAAUAAACUGAAACAACUGGAAAUGAACUCUGAGGAAGUGAAAUCUCGUUGCCAGGAAGUUAUCUGUAAAUUGCAAAGCACUCUGGAUUCAGAAAGAGAAAAGAGUGCCUUUGUCAGUGAACAAAGACUAAAAUUUCAGCAAGAGAAUGAACAACUGCAAAAUGAAAUGGAGGGUUUGAGAAAACUGGCAGUAGAGGCUCAACAAAAAGCUAAGAUAAAGAUAAGCACAAUGGAGCAUGAGCAUGCAGUGAAAGAACAUGGGUAUGAAGUUCGACUCAAGGAGAUGGAGGACACCAGUCGCAAGUCCACUGCUGAGCUCAGACGUCUCUUAGUAGCUCAGCAAAAAGCAACAAACCGGUGGAAAGAAGAAACAAAAAACCUCACUGACACUACAGAAUCCAUGAUCAGUAAGCUGAAAAGUGAGCUGCGUCGACAAAAACUCCGUAGCCAGGAGCUAAUUUCCCAGCUGGAAAUAGCAAAUGAGAAGGUAGCUGAGGAUGAGACAACGAUGAUGGAGUAUCGGGAAUACAUCGACAGGCUUCAGAGGCGGCUGAGCCAGGCAGAACAGAGAGCAGCCACAGCAUCCCAGCAGCUCAGCCUGAUAACUACACAGAAUAAAAAAGCUGUUUCCCUGAAGGAUCUGGAAAACAUUUAAACACAUGAUUUUACCAUUCACCAUGUUGGAAGUUAGGAGGAUUGCUGGAGAAACUUCAUAUUGGAGCACUACAGUCAAAAGCAAGGCUUGUAAAACUUAAGACAAAUUCUGGUUUAUUCUGUUAAGAAAGGGAGUGGAUGAAGAGCCUGCCUCUGUCUGCACAAUAAAGAUUGGAAGAAGACUGCAA